AUGAAAUUUUAUUCCGGAAUUUUUGAAGCCUUUCUUCUUUUGCUACUUAUUAAUCCUUCAUAUCAGCGAAAAGUCAAUAGGAAUUCUGAUCUUUUUCUUGAUUAUUUUGAAACAACAACUAUUGCUGAACCAUUUGAUCAUGAUUUGUCAUCAAAAGAGACUUUAAACAAUAAAUUCCAAAAUAUAGAAGAUAAUCUGCAUAAACUUCAGAUGUCAUCAAGUGCUUUCUUUAGAGAUCUUCAGUACUCUAUAAAAAGCUUAUUGUCAUCAAAGAUUGAUAAUUUAAAAAGCGACACAUUAAACUUGAAUCAAAUAUGUCAUAAAAAUCUUAAUGAGACUUUAUUAGCUAGCAAAAGAAUAGAAGGAAGUUUAAGUGAAGCUAUAACUUUGUUAAACCUUUAUAAAGACCAGUCAACUAUUAUAGUCGCAAAUUCAACUGAAAAUGUUUUAAAAAAUAUUGAAAACUCCAAAUCAGAAUUGAAAAUGACAAUAAUUAAAAGUGUGAAGGAACUAAGCAUUGAUUUUAAUGAAAAGAUGACACAUUUUGAGAAAAAUUUGUAUGAUUCAAUCGCAUCAACAUUUAUGAAUGAUUUAGCAAAUAGAAAUCAUACAAAUCCUGAGCAAAACAAAAAAAGUCAAAAUUUAAGGAAUUUUGUCUGCAUAGCUUUGUCUGUAAUAACUGGAUUAGCUAAUAUUUUAUUUUGUUUGUAUUUGUUGAUAAAAUUUGUUUAAGUGGGGCUGCAUUUGACUAGGGUCAUACUAGGUUUUAAUUUUAAAUUUUAUUUAUUGGACACAAAAAUACGUAAAUACCUCCUGGAUACCACAAGUCGGUUAAUCCAUCAGAAAUCCUCAGUCAAGCCUGCAUGACUCUGGAUUUAAAUAAAAUUCCAACUCAAUAGCUAAAUCACUCUAGCUUAGCAUCGGAUUAUUAAUCGGUUAACCAACUUGUGCUUCCCGGGCCAAGUUGAACUUCAAAAGCCAAUCUUAUAAAUAUACUCAAAUUAUCACUGAUGACUCUCAUCAAAAAAUAAAAAUCACGAAGAAUGUCGAUUUCCAACAAAGUUGCAACGAGCCAAAAAAAAAUCCCAUCAAUUUCUCCAGUCAUCCAAUAAACCGACUAACCAGUUCAUUUGAUCAAACUCAUUAAACUUACAAUGUUGCAAGCAUAAAAAGAAGAAAAGACAAAAAGUGCACUGAAAAGUGCACAAAAUCUCAUUAAUAUUACUCACUAUAAAAUAAGAAUGCAGAAUACAUACAACAAAGUCAAAUAACUCAUAAUACAGAAGUGCAUAAAUGCAUGUAUGAAGCCUCAAUAUAUACAUUGGAUCACAAUAUUUUAAAUGCAAUUUUUGGAGUUGAAGUGUUGGUUGAUAAUGCAAUUUGAGUGGCUGUAUAGAUGACUAAAUGUCUUACUUGUUGUAUGGAAAUAGUCAGAUGAAUAGGUGCUUAACUUCAGGUUUUCGUAAUGUCCCAACCUCUCCAUCCUAGCUAGGUAGUCGAUUACAUGAUUAAUCGGUUCGUCAGAGGUUUAAUAAACUUAUUGGAAUCCUCGCAGGCUUAAGUUAAUUUUUGUCUACUUGAGUGAUUCCGUAACAACCUAAAUGCAAUUCUGUGGUGAGAUUGUGUCUUCCCCUGAGUCAUGUCUAAUACUUGUAAAGGAGUUUUAAUCUAAGAUACCUAAAGCUUACCUAAAUAUGUACAUUGAUGUAUAGUAAGUUGGCUCACUGGAUUAUUUGGGAGCUGAAUGGACAUGAUAAUAAGCUGGUUUGAUGGCUGACUGGAUAUCUAACUAGACCCUAAAUCUAGUAUCAAACAAACAAUUCGUUGGAUGAUUGGAAGAAUAAUAUUUUGACAAUCUUUGUCAGUUUGGAUGUCUGUUUGUUUCGUAAGUCAGCCGAUUGAUUAGUUUCCUUGCUUUUUGGAUAACUUAAAAAUUAAACCUUUAAAUCCACCAUAUUGAAGUCAUUAAGACAGAAGCAAAAAAUGCGCUUUAGACUUUCAAUCCACAGCAUAAAGAAUUUUUAAUUUUAUUUUCAUAACAAUUCUUUCUUUCCCGCGCAUUGCAAUUUCCUUCAUUCCAUUACAUUCUCAACUCUCGACUACAACAAAAAAAAAAUAUCAAAUUUAUGGUGUUGAACAUUCUUAUGCUUUAUAGCACAAUAAUUGCUGACUCUUUUUACGUUCCUCUUCUUCCUCAUAUUAUUCUCUCUGUUUUUUUUUGCGAAAAAAAAAUAAAGAACUGAAAAGUUUAUUGAACCAGACACGUUUUAAAAACCGCAAAGGAAGGGCAUGAGAAGUGACGCUACCAAAUGCAUGAUGAAAGAAUUACGUUCUCUCAUUCCUCUUGCCUUAUUCUUCGCCCAAAUAUUGGUUGUAGCUUCAACUAAGCUACAUAUUUGAAUUGUAAAAAGAAAUUAUUUAUUAACUUCUCGUGUAGAACGCUGUGGAAAAAUAAGAAUAAAGUUUUCCGCAUGCAAAAUCAAACACGGAAGUGGAAUUAUUCAUAAAUUCUAGAUUACAAUUUUUUUAUUUGUUCGAGAACUGAGGGAAAUAAAUGUUGUGGAG